AUGAAUGGAAGUGCGGGUACUGGGAAAACUUUUUUGUACAACACAAUAGCAAGAAGUUGUCGUAGAGAUGGAAACAUAGUUUUAACUGUUGCUUCAUCGGGUAUUGCUUCAUUACUUCUUGAUGGAGGUCGCACAGCCCAUUCGACUUUUAAGAUACCAUUUAAUGUCCAAGAAGAUAGUAAUAUUGGGAUUAGUAAGGACUCCAAGUACGCCCAACUACUUAAAGAAGUCAGAUUGGUCAUACGGGAUGAAGUUUCAAUGCAACAUAGAUUUUGUAUGGAGGCGGUUGACCGUCUACUACGAGAUAUUCGUAGUGAUGACAGACAUUUUGGAGGUGUAACAGUUGUUUUGGGUGGAGAUUUUCGACAGACUUUACCGGUGGUCUCGAACGCAUGUCGUGAACAAACUGUUGGAGCAUCUAUAAGAAGUUCAUUUCUUUGGGAUUAUAUUAAUGUCUUGACACUAAACCAAAAUAUGCGAUUGGAACAACAACCAGAAAUUUUGGAAUUUGCUAACUUCUUACUAGAGAUCGGGACGAACUCUAAAGAAGUUGUUAACCUACCAUCGACAAUGAACAAAUUUCAAAACAUGCAUGAGAUGAUAUCUUCAGUGUACCCGCUCCUGGGAAAGGAUGGACCAAUGUCAACAGAACACUUAACCGAGAGAAUUAUUUUAUCUCCACGUAAUGAAGAUGUCCAUAAGAUUAAUCUGGAGGCAUUAGGAAAUUUGCAGGGUGAGGCUUACACAUAUCUUGCUACUGACAAGAUGAUUCGGGAUGACUACCGAAGGGAUUCAAGGUUCACAACCGAAUUUCUCAACAAUUUGAAUCCACCAAGAUCACCUUUAUUUAAGCUAGACAUUAAAGUUGGAUGUCCGGUUAUGCUGUUGAGAAAUCUUGCACCAAAAGAAGGUCUGUGUAAUGGUACUAGACUGGUGGUCACGAGGUGUGGACGAUAUGUGAUUGAAGCUAAAAUCAUAACAGGGGAAAAGGAUGGUGAGAUAGUAUUCAUCCCAAGAAUAACUUUUCAACCUUCACCUUCCGAGCUAGACAUACAAAUGGAAAGACACCAAUUUCCCGUACGUGUUGUAUAUGCAAUGACGAUUAACAAAUCACAGGGACAAUCGGUGAAGUAUGUGGGCAUCGAUUUAUGCACUCCAUUAUUUAUCCAUGGUCAACUUUAUGUGGCAUUGUCUAGGUGUACUGCUGCUAGGAGAAUAACUUUAUUGAUGCCAAAUGAGUCAAAUGAGUGUUUUAAUCUGGAAACCAAAAAUGUAGUGUAUCCCGAAAUUUUAUUGUAA